AUGCAGCCACUCCUGCUCCUGUUGUUCUUUCUUCUGUGCCCAAGGGCAGAGGCAGGGAAAAUCAUCGGUGGUCGGGUAGCUGAGCCUCAUUCUCAUCCCUACAUGGCAUAUCUUCAGUUCCAGACUACAAUGGGCAUAAGACACUGUGGGGGUUUCCUCGUGCGUGAGGACUUUGUCCUGACAGCAGCCCACUGCUGGGGAAGAUCCAUCAAUGUCACCCUGGGGGCCCACAACAUCAAGGAGAAAGAGAGGACCCAGCAGAUCAUUUCUGUAAGAAAAGCCAUCCCCCACCCAUAUUUUAACAGCAAGUUAUCCAAUGACAUCAUGUUAUUGCAGUUGAAAAAGAAGGCCAAGCUGACUGAUGAGGUAAACCUCAUCAAGUUACCCUCAGGAGAUUCCCAGCUUACACCAGGGAUGGUGUGCACUGUGGCCGGCUGGGGACUCCUUGACUUAAACCAACACACAACGAAACUGCAUGAGGUACAGCUUGAAAUCCAAAAAGACAAGGAAUGUAUCAACCAUUUCGGAAAGUCAUUCAACUCCACCAUCCAGAUUUGUGUGGGGAACCCAAAAGAGAAGAAUAAUUCAUUUCUGGAAGACUCUGGAGGUCCCUUUGUGUGUAACAACGUAGCCCAGGGCAUUGUGUCCUUUGGAAGUGAGUCUGGGACACCUCCAAGUGUCUACACCAGGAUCUCAGUCUUUCGGUUCUGGAUUAAAAAAAUAAUGAGAUCCGUCAAACUGCAAGGACAAGACUGAGAUGCCUCCAGGAUUGAUCUUCA